AUGUCAGACGAUCAGACAUCUUCGGUGACUGCACCGGCACCAUACCACGUCUCAAAGUCGAAUAUCUGUGUAGACAGCAAAGGCGAGAGCAAUGGUAAUGGUGUCUUCGCCAAUCGGAGGUUCGGUGCAGGCGAAGAGGUUGCAAGCUUCAAGCGGCCACUCGUCGGCUCCUUGGAAACGGAACGGCUGCUCGACACGCGGAAGCAUGGGCUCAUUUCCGACCAAGAUUGGGAAAUGGUUUGUCGCUUACCGUCUCAUGUUGAUGACUUUAAGCGGAAGGGAACAUACGGAAACAUUGAAAUGAUGGCAAUGGGCGCACCGCAGUUUGCAUUGCCGCCUACCAUGUUCGACAAGGACUUUAUCGCCGCCAUGUACGCUCGAGUAAUGUCGAAUGCACUAACCAUCAUUACCCCUACACUGGACCCUCUAGGCAUCAUCUUGGACCCUACACUUUGCAGCCUCAACCACUCCUGCGAUCCCAACGCUUUCAUCAUGAUGGAUGGUCCAUCCGUCAGCAUACGUACACUCCGACCCAUCAGGAAAGACAAGGAAAUUUUCAUCUCAUAUAUCGACACCACAUACCCGUACCACAAACGACAGGAAGAACUCCAAACACGUUGGUUCUUCACAUGUCGAUGUGCAAAAUGCCAGGAAAAGGCUACACUUCAGGAAGACAACUGGCUCUUGCCAGUAGAUUCAAAGUUUGUUUUGGACGCGGAAGCGAAAAAGGCCAUGGCCCAAACCCAGGAACAGACAUUUGCGGUAUAUGAAGAGCUUCACAAACUAUCCACCGAACAUGUCAUCUACGGGCUCAAGCAAAUCCUCGCUAGCUGCUACGAAUCUCGCUUUUACCCCAUAUAUCGUCAACCUUAUGCCGAAGCCCGCGAUGUCCUCAUUGUCAACCUCCUCUCGAUGGGAAAGUUCCAGGAUGCAUGGGCACAAUGCGCAAAGCGGUACAAGUACAUCUUACCGAAGCUAUACCCAGUACCUUUCCAUCCCGUCAGGGUGGUGCAGACGUGGCAAAUGGCGAUGCUCGCUGCGUAUCUUGCCAGCACGGAAGAAGGCGUCGGGGCUCCGGGUGUCAACAUGGGGUUGAUAGCGAUGAUGUUGGUAAAGCAAGUAUUGGACGUUGCACAUUUAAGCCACGGACCAAACAACGCGUUUACAAAGAGUGUGAAGGGAAAGGCAGAGGAGAUGAUUGAAGAGCUGAAGAGAAGUGUGGGGAACCCUGAUAACGCGGUUAUGAAUCGGGAGUUGGAGGUUCAGAGGGAUAGGUUGAUGGAGAUGGGGGAUUGGGCGGAAGACGGGAAGAUAUCGAAACCUCUGAAGCAGGUUAAGCUGGUGGAGGAAGCGUUUAGUGUGUAG